AGGUGAUCGUCGGAGGAGCCGACCGGCACGUCCACAUCUUCGACCCGCGCAGGAUGGGCUCGGGCGCCCCUCUGCUGGAAAGGCGGGAGAGCUCACUGAAGCACCAGAUCCGUUCAGUGAAGGUGAGCUACGACAUGAAGUCUUACGCCAGCAGCAGCGUCGAGGGCAGAGUGGCCAUCGAACACUUCGAUCCCGAGGAGAACUUGCGGUCCAGGUACGCCUUCAAAUGCCACCGUUUGAAGGACGCGAGUGGCAACGAGACCGUCUACCCCGUGAACGCGCUUGCCUUCCACCCGGGGUACGACACGUUCGCCACUGGCGGCAGCGACGGUGGCGUUUGCGUUUGGGACGGCGCCGCGAAGAAGCGGACCUGGCGGCUCACACCGUUCGAGACCGCGGUUUCGUCCCUGGACUUCUCCUCCGACGGCGGCACCAUGGCCAUCGGCGUGUCCUACACGUGGGAUCAGGGGGAGCAGGCCAGCGCGCCGGCUCCGCAAGUCAUCGUGCGGCAGAUGGAGAAGGAGGAGGUCAUGCCCAAGAAGUGAGCCGGAAGGGCCCGAGUGUCCCGUCGCAGUGUGGCUGCCACUCGCACGCGGGCUUGGGGCCUCUCAGAGGGGUGAGCGUGCCAUCGGCAGGGCCUAUGUUCGAUCAUCGUAUGUUCGCGCAUUUGGGAUAUCGUGGUCGAGCACGGUCAGCUCUCAGGCCCGGGCGGCGGGGCGACCCACGCCAGCUCAGGGCGGUCGAGGACGCUCUUACCCUCGUGCGCCUCCAGACGCCGUGCAAACCUGACCGCACGCUGGGUGCGCUCUCGCCCGAGGCUUCUGAGGGGAGAGGCACAGCGCAGCGCGCGCGCGUGCCUCGCGCGGCCCGCCCCGACACGGCGGCUAAUUAUGAUCGCGGGCUUUGUGGCGAAAGA